CAUUCUGUCGAACACAUGGCGAGCGGAUACGGACCUCCGAACUAUCCUCCGGCGAAAACCUACCACAGCCAUGGCCGACGCGGCGGAGCCGACGUAGGCUGCGGCAUCUGUCGUUGCUUCUUAAACUGCCUCGGCUGCUGCGGCGGUUGCAUCUUGAGCAUCAUCUGCAACAUCCUCAUCGGCAUAGCCGUUUGCCUCGGAAUCGUGUCCUUGAUCCUCUGGUUCAUACUCCGACCUAACGUCGUGAAGUUCCAAGUCACGGAAGCCGAUUUGACCAGAUUCGAUCUCGAGCCACAGAGCAAUAACCUCAGUUACAAUCUCUCUUUGAAUUUCUCGGUUCGUAACCCUAAUCAACGUCUCGGGAUACACUACGAUCGGUUGGAGGCGAGGGGAUAUUACGGCGACCGGUGUUUUUCCGCUGUGGAUAUGAAGUCGUUUUACCAGGGACGGAAGAAUACGACGGAGGUUGGGACGGAGAUGAACGGAGAGAGUUUGGUUUUGCUGGGUUCCGGUGGCCGGAAGGAUCUCAGGGAGGAUCGGAAGUCCGGGGUUUACAGGAUCGACGUGAAGCUGAGGUUUAAGAUCAGGUUUAAGUUUGGGUUUUUGAACUCGUGGGCUUUUAAGCCCAAGAUUAAGUGUCAUCUCAAGGUUCCGUUGAGUUCCUCUGGUUCCACCGGAGGGUUUCAGUUUCAUCCAACCAAGUGCCACGUUGACCUCUAAAACAAUUUCACAAUUUGUUUUUUUUUUCUUCAUUUGCUUGUUUUUUUCCCCUUUUUAGUUUACAGCUUCCAGUAUAUAUAGAAGUUUUAGUUUAGUUGUGUUUCUUUACUAUUACUAAUCUACUUUUUUUUUGUUAAUAAACUUACUUUUACUUGCUUUGAUAGUUUGUUUUUUUUUUGAGCAAAAGAUAGUUUGUUUUGUAUUUAUUCGGCUUUGUGCUUUGCUUACUUCAUAUGUAUCGAGAUAUUUCAAACA